CAGGGUAGUGGUGAAUGAUUGACCACGCCCCUCUGCACGAGAAGGCGGGCGGUUGACGUCGGACGGGCGCGUCGCUGGCGGAGAGAAGCUGCUGCUGCUGCUCAGGGACUCGAACUACAAACUCCAGCGGCAGGAGAGACGCAGUGUGUCGGUCUGACUCUUUAUUUAAAGAACAAAAAUGGCGUAUCACAGUCCCUACAGAGCUCCAAUGCACAUCAACGCUCCCCCGGACCAGGGCUUCCUGUGGAAUAUCUUCCAGAGGGUUGACAAGGACCGGAGUGGAGUGAUAUCAGACUCAGAGCUUCAGCAGGCCUUAUCUAAUGGCACAUGGACUCCUUUCAACCCAGUGACGGUCCGCUCCAUCAUAUCCAUGUUCGAUAGGGAAAAUAAAGGAGGGGUGAACUUCAACGAGUUUGCUGGCGUGUGGAAGUACAUCACGGACUGGCAGAACAUCUUCAGGAACUACGACAGGGACAACUCUGGCUUCAUUGAUAAGAACGAGCUUAAACAGGCACUGACUGGAUUUGGUGAGAAGCAAAGUUAUCGUCUAUCAGACCAGUUCUACAGCACGUUGAUAGAGAAGUUCGACCGCCAGAGGAAGGGACAGGUGGCCUUCGAUGACUUCAUCCAGUGCUGCAUUGUACUACAGAGGUUGACUGACGUGUUCAGGCGGUACGAUACAGACCAAGACGGCUGGAUCCAGGUUUCAUAUGAACAGUAUCUAUCCAUGGUCUUCAAUAUAGUAUAACGCACACUGAGCACCACAGAAGAGCACAACUGGACACAACUGUGCCAAAGCUCCCGGCACCUUCCGAAUGUCUGCCAUGCUGGACACUACAAGAUUUUUUUCAAAACCUGAUUUUCAGCCUAGUUGGGCUGUUUUACACAAAAAAACCCUUUAAGUUACCAGGGGGAAAAAAGGCCUUGAAUAAUAUAUUUGGUGCAAUUACAGAAAUUAUUUUGAAUUUCUUUUGUUUCUGUAAGUAAACAGGAUAUUUGGCACUCUGUAUGUGUGUCUCCCACCGUCUCACGGCUCCUCGACACUUAAACUCUCUUUUACAUGAGUGUCUGUGAUCUGCUAGUUCUCGUUAUGAAUACCUUUAUUUCCCUUGAACUCAAACUGCCAUGUUGAGUCCUUUAAUUUCAGGGAAUUGGGCCUGAAAAGCUGUUGAAUGUGAUGUUAAGAAAUGUGUGGGAACCAUGAAAACUAUCACAAUAAAACAGAGGUACGCUAAUUUCUUUUAAAAAUGCCUUUUUUAUAACCCUCCUGGUGACAAGAUUUGUCUGUGAAUCUAAAACUUAAAAAAAAAUCUUGUAGUGUUUUGUUCGUUCACCUACCUGAACGAUGUCGGUGCUGCGGACUCGGUUGGGGGAAACAUUAUGGACACAUCUGUCUUUCUCGUCAGUCUAACUGUUAUUGUCAACAAACCUUUUAAUGUCUUAACUUUAAUUGAUGAAAAAUAUAACUGUUGAGGGUAAAAUGAUGCAUUGUAAAUAUGAUUUCAGAUGCAUUGCAUGCUUAUCAGGGAAAUUUAGCCCCACUUUGAAGCAUGCUUUCCCUUUAUCUCGUUUUUUUUUCCUCAGCCCUAUUUUGCUCAAAGCCAUGUUUACAAAAACUGUGAAAGCAGGUGACGCUCUGCUUUGAGAUUCACUGACAUGCCAGCUUACAUGCCAUAUUUGUACAAACAUUUUUAACUGCAAAUCUCCAAAUGUUAGAUCAUAGGGUUUUUUGGUAGCAGUUGUGCAUAAUGCCUUUAGUAUGGCUUAUUUUUUGUGCAUGAUGCCUUAAAAUGUGUAAAAACACAAAAGAGAAAUCUUUUAUUAAAAAAAAGUAAGAACAUCUGA